AUGCAGUACACGCCCAUCUACAAGACAGACUGGAAAAAGGAUCUGGAGGACUACAGGCCUAUUAACUUGACCUUGAUACUGGGAAAAAUGGAAAAGUUCAUCUUGAGUGAGCUCACCUGGCAGAGCUGGCGCUCGGGAGGGGGGUGCUGGUGUCACACGUGGGGACAUAGACAGGCGGAGGGGGUGCGGGGGCUGUGCCUGCCGCGGGGCGGGCAGCCCGGGGGGGAGGUGGAGAGGGCAUUCCGGGCCGCUCUGGAGCUGUCCAAGGUUUGGCUUGGCUGCAAAAGCGGCCCCUCCGUCGGGCCGCCCCUAGCCCCACAGCCAGGGGUGCUCCUCCCGUACCAGCGGCUGCUCUACAGUUUGCCGACACUGCUUCCCCUCAGCCCGGGCUUACACUCCCCUCAGCCUAGGCUGCUCUCCUGCAGCCGGGGCUGCAGCCAGCCCCUUCUACCAAGUCGCCGGGCGCCGCGCAGGCUCCCGCCUCUCCCGAGGGCAGGAGAGGAGAGCGGUGGGGCAGGCAGACAAAGGGUACUGGCUAAAAGAAUUAUUUGUCUCGGUGACGUUACUGGUAUAGCAUCUCACGUACUCCUAAUUCCCACCUCACUCCGAAUUAGUCUCACCCGGAUGAGCUGCUGGCAGCUUGGAGGCAGUGGGCUCGGUCCCGGUGGGGAAGAAGGAGAGGGGGUGGGGGUAGGGGAGAGGGGUGUCUGGUGCAGGAGUAGAUCUAGAGGAAUUCAGGGGAAGGCUGAGCAAUCCCAUAGCUGUUGAACUUCAUUCGUGGAUUUUCUGGACUUCACCACUGGGGAAAUGAGAUGAUGCUCUUUGGCAUGAAGGUGUUGCAAGUUCUUACUCUGCAAGAUUCAGAGCAGUGACACAAGCAGAUACAAUAUUGUGACUGCUGUGGUGCUUCACCUGUGGAAAGCAUAAGUGACAGAGAUGGUUAUAACAUGCAUGUUCAAAAGGUGGGAGGAUUUGGGCUUUUGGAUCUUUUUUUAUUAUUAUUAUUUAUUUUAGAGAUUAUGUUGAGCUGGGGUGGGAAACAUAACAAAUAAGAAUACAUGAAUUUGAGCCAUACUGGUGAGUGAUGGUGUUAGCUCCUUAUAACUGGAAACACCACACAAAUUUUGCAUGGCCAGUCUUGGCCUCCAGUGUUAUUCUGGAGCCCUAGAAUUCAAGAGUGUUUGCUUCUCUUCCUGGUUUUUACUGUGAGGAAAUGAACUUCAACUUUUGAAACUGUCAACUAACACAGAAAAUCUCCAGUAUGGCUUUUCUGUGAGUUUGGAAAAAAGCAAAAAAAGCAGUCCUUUGUGCAUUGACAGCUGUCUUUUAGGACACUUAGCAAAUAUUUAGCUCAGCCUCUAACUGUUUCUACAAAGCAGCUACAU